UCUAUGUGCAGUCCGGGGUUUCAUCAGCCCAAUGCCGGGCAAAGUUCCUGUGUAUUUUGCCCGGGCGCUCAGUUCCAGAAUGAAUUCGGUCAAACUUCCUGUAAAGACUGCUCACAAUUCAACAGAUGUUACAACUCAAAAAAGACAACGUGCUACCAUCUGCAUAAAAAUGAUAGAGCGUUUGGCUACUCAAACACUUAUCAAGGAGUGCUUUCUCACAGGCAAUGCAAGAAAUCAUGCUGGAGCGAUCCAAAUUGUCGUGGAUUUAGUUAUGAGCGCCAUAACAAUCCCGGAUAUUGCCACACCUUUCCCAGGAGUGAUUCAAAUUAUUAUGAGGGCUUUGAUUUCUUUAGCUUUCCAUGGGAAUGUCAUUCUUAGAUAAAAAAAAA